UCGUGCCGUAUCUGAUAACUGGCCUUGACGAUUACUCGUCAUCAUCAAAUAUAGCGUCAGUGUCGUCACGUUCAAGUCAGAUACCACACAUCACUCGAGUACUAAACAUCGGAGGAAAAGCGAGAGAUUCCAUCGUAUCAUCGAUUCAUACGUUUCCAUUAUUUUCUUUCGCAAGCGAAUAAUCAGUAAGUUUGGCAUUCGUCAUGGAAAUACACGCACGGGCACCAGAUCCAUUAACGAAUGACGGUGAUAUGGCCAAAAAUUGGCAAAGUUGGAAGGAGGAUUUUAUUAUAUUCAUGAAAGUAACAGGAUAUAUCGAUAAACCCAAUGAAGUUCGUGCGAAUCUUUUAAAAAAUCGGAUCGGUAAGAUUGGUAUCGAUGUGAUACAAAAGAUAUCAUUCAAUAAUCUACAAGAUAAAGAUGACAUGGAUAUAUUGAUGACAAAACUGGAGGAAUACUUUAAUCCACCAAAAAAAGAAGUGGUCGAGCGAUAUCAGUUUUUUAAAUAUUCGAAGAAACAAAACGAAUCUUUGGAACAGUAUAUAAAUGACUUAAGGGAGAAAGCCAAAACUUGUAAUUUCAAGGGAAUGACAGAUAGUCUUAUACGGGACAAGAUUAUUUUCGAUACAUAUGACAAAAUACUUCGUAAAAAGUUGCUCGAAACAGACGAUUUAGAUCUGCAUAAACUAGUAGUGAUUUGUAAUGAUUAUAAUAUCAACACUGAAAAGAUGAAACAAGUUACUGAACAGAAUAAAGCAGAAUCUAAUAGUUAUACACAAAAGGCGAUUGAAAAUGCAAAAAUAAAAGCAUGUUGUUGGAGAUGCGGUUGUCAACAUCCGCAAGGAAAAUGUCCCGCUUGGGGAUCAAGUUGUACAAAAUGCGGUGAUACUAAUCAUUUCACUCAAUGUUGCAGGGGCAGUAAACCUAAGUUAAAAGCAAACGACAGCAAGGUGAAUAAAAACAUACUGAAUACAAUGUCACCGCCAACAAAAACAAUUCCAAAGGAAAACAAUUGGAAAAGAAAUAAUUAAGAUGUUGACAACGUUAACUAGGGGAUUUUUUUUCAAAUCGUAAGAUUAAUUAUGUAAUAAAUGUAAUACUUUUCAUUAGA